AUGCCACCGGCUGCAGAGCACAUGCCCUGGCGCUGGCUGGCAGCAGCGAGGGCAUCCCGGAGGCUGGUGCUGGUGGUGGUGUUCGUGGCGCUGCUGCUGGACAACAUGCUGCUGACUGUUGUGGUCCCCAUCGUCCCCACCUUCCUCUAUGCAACAGAAUAUGAAGGUGCCAACAGCUCCACUGCCCCAGCUCAGACUGAAACAGCUCCUCCAGCCCUGAAAGCUCCUCCUUUCUCCUCCGUGUUCUCCUAUUUUGACAACACCACUGUGACUGUCUUGGUCUCCACUAGUGCCACGGAGCUGGUGAAUGGGACGGAGAGCAGCAUCCCACCAGAGCCCACUGCGAGCAUCCCACCAUCACCCAGCAGCUGCCCUGAUGGUGAAGAGUUCCUCGCCAAGGAAAACACCCGUGUGGGGCUGCUGUUUGCCUCCAAGGCUCUGGUGCAGCUGAUGGUGAACCCGGCCGUGGGUGUCCUGACCAACAGGAUAGGAUACCACAUCCCCAUGUUCAUCGGGUUCGUCACCAUGUUCCUCUCUACAGUCAUGUUUGCCUUCUCAGGCACCUACACCCUGCUGCUCAUCGCCCGAGCGCUCCAAGGCAUCGGGUCAUCGUUCUCAUCAGUCGCAGGCUUGGGCAUGCUGGCCAGCGUGUACACGGACGACUUCGAGAGGGGCAACGCAAUGGGCAUCGCACUUGGAGGCUUGGCCUUGGGUGUGCUGAUUGGGGCCCCCUUUGGCAGUGUGAUGUAUGAAUUCGUGGGGAAGUCAUCUCCUUUCCUGGUCCUGGCAUUCCUCUCCCUGUUGGAUGGAGCUCUGCAGCUCUGCACACUGCAGCCCUCCAAGAUCUCCCCUGAGGUGAGUCCAUAGGAGAGUGGUGACGUGAAUGAAGUGGAGGGGAGCAUGCACCUAUGAAUUCCAUGUAUUCCCCAUGGAUACACAUGCAGCUCUGAGCUUAACCCCCCUUUGCCAUCCCACAGAGCACCAAAGGCACACCAGUCCUCACCCUGCUGCGAGACCCCUACAUCCUGGUUGCUGCAGGUAAAGCUGGGUAUCAGCACACACCGUGCCCCUGGUGACUGAGGAAAUCCCUUCGUGCUGCUUGAAACAGUGGCUAAAAUAGAGCAUUUCUCCCUUUUCUCCCCAUCAGGAGCCCUCUGCUUCUCCAACAUGGGGGUGGCCAUGCUGGAGCCCACCUUGCCCAUCUGGAUGAUGCAGACCAUGUGCUCCCCAAAGUGGCAGCUAGGGAUGGCAUUCCUCCCUGCCAGUGUAUCCUACCUCAUCGGCACCAACCUCUUUGGGAUUCUGGCUAACAAAAUAGGCCGGUGGCUGUGCUCCCUGAUCGGCAUGGUUGUGGUGGGAAUCAGCCUCCUUUGUGUACCUCUGGCCAAGACAAUUUAUGGGCUGAUUGCCCCAAACAGUGGGCUUGGCUUUGCCAUAGGCAUGGUGGACUCCUCAAUGAUGCCCAUCAUGGGCUACCUCGUGGACCUUCGCCACACCUCCAUCUACGGCAACGUCUAUGCCAUAGCUGAUGUCGCCUUCUGCAUGGGCUUUGCGAUUGGCCCAUCCACAGGCGGUGCGAUCGCACGUGCUAUCGGCUUCCCCUGGCUGAUGGUCAUCAUUGGUGUCAUCAACAUUGCCUACGCUCCUCUGUGCUGGUACCUGCGCAACCCCCCAGCCAAAGAGGAGAAGAUUGCAAUCCUAAGCCAGGAAUGCCCCAUGCAAACCAAAAGCUACACGGCCCAGAAAACCCUGCGUGAUUUCCCUCUCACAGAUGACAGUGAUGUGGAGGCAGAACACAUGGAAUAG